ACAGUGUAUCCAAAGCGGCGGUGAAUACGCUGUAACAAGCCCGGCGGGGAGGAUACAAUGUAACCCGGGCGGCGGUGGUCAGGUGGGGUGCUAUGGAAUAUGACGAGAAGCUCGCCCGGUUCCGGCAGGUCCAUCUCAACCCCUUCAACAAGCAGCAGCAUGAGCAGGGGGCUGGCGAGGAGGCCCUGGACAUUACUUCUCAAGCGCGCCUGCCCGAGCUGCCUCCCGGGGAGCCAGAGUUCCGCUGCCCAGAGCGUGUGAUGGAUCUUGGCCUGUCUGAGGACCACUUCGCUCGCCCCGUGGGCCUGUUCCUGGCCUCUGAUGUCCAGCAGCUGCGGCAGGCCAUCCAGGAGUGCAAGCAGGUCAUCCUGGAGCUGCCAGAACACUCGGAGAAGCAGAAGGACGCUGUGGUGAGGCUCAUUCACCUCCGGCUGAAGCUGCAGGAGCUGAAGGACCCCAAUGAGGAUGAGCCCAACAUUCGAGUCCUUCUUGAGCACCGCUUCUACAAGGAGAAGAGCAAGAGUGUGAAGCAGACGUGUGACAAGUGUAACACAGUCAUCUGGGGCCUCAUUCAGACCUGGUACACCUGCACAGGGUGUUAUUACCGCUGUCACAGCAAGUGUUUGAACCUCAUCUCCAAGCCCUGUGUGCGGUCCAAAGUCAGCCACCAGGCUGAGUAUGAGCUGAACAUCUGCCCUGAGGCAGGGCUGGACAGCCAGGAUUACCGCUGUGCUGAGUGCCGAGCACCCAUCUCUCUGCGGGGAGUGCCCAGCGAGGCCCGGCAGUGCGACUACACUGGCCAGUACUACUGCAGCCACUGCCACUGGAACGAUCUGGCUGUCAUCCCAGCGCGUGUGGUGCACAACUGGGACUUCGAGCCGCGCAAGGUGUCCCGGGGCAGCAUGCGCUACCUGGCGCUGAUGAUGUCGAGGCCAGUGCUCCGGCUCCGGGAGAUCAAUCCUCUGCUGUUCAACUACGUGGAGGAGCUGGUAGAGAUCCGCAAGCUGCGCCAGGAUAUCUUGCUCAUGAAGCCAUAUUUCAUCACCUGCAGGGAGGCCAUGGCAGCACGCCUGCUCCUGCAGCUCCAGGACCGGCAGCACUUUGUGGAGAAUGAUGAGAUGUACUCGGUGCAGGACCUGCUGGACACGCACACGGGCCGGCUGGGCUGCUCGCUGGCUGAGACCCACACGCUGUUUGCCAAGCACAUCAAACUGGACUGUGAGCGGUGCCAGGCCAAGGGCUUUGUGUGCGAGCUCUGCCGGGAGGGCGACGUGCUGUUCCCCUUCGACAGCCACACGUCUGUGUGCGCCGACUGCUCUGCUGUCUUCCACAGGGACUGCUACUACGACAAUUCCACCACGUGCCCUAGGUGUGCGCGCCUCACCCUGCGGAAGCAGUCGCUCUUCCGGGAGCCUGGUCCAGACCUGGACGCCUGAGCGAUGGAAGCUCUUCUAGGCCUGUCUGUCCUGCUGGUCGUUGCCUCAGUGAAGGUGUUUCCUGUACUCUGGAGACCUAGGGUCCGGCCCCUGGACCCCGCCACUGCUGAGCCAGCACCACCAGGACCAUCGUCCCCUGGCGUGUGUUGGGGCUUGGGGCGGCUGUUUUUUGGGUGGGCUGCUGUGAGGGCCAGGACAUGCACCCUUCCUUCACUGCAGAGCUUUGAGGGUCAGGUGGGGGAGCAUCCCUCACCUCCCCUUUGGUCAAAAGCCCCCCCACCCUACCCCGCCCACCUUGGGAUCAAGGCUGCUGGGCCCUGGCUACCCUGGAAAUCCUGGAAGCCUUCCAGGGAGUGCUGACAAGACUGAGGAUGCAGUCUUAGCCUGACUUUUACCUGUGGUGGAUGGUAUGGGUUCUACUUGGAGGCCCCUCCCCCAGCUCCUUGCCUCGUUGAGGUCCCCUGGUUGCCCCUGGCUGGGGCUGUGUUCAUCACUAUCUCCUGAGGGCCCUGCCCCCACCCCCGGGUUCUCUCUCUGGGGUCUCCACCGGCAGGACCAUUCCAGGGGCUACUGGCUGCCGUGGAGAUCUCACCUCCUAACCGCCCCUGCCUUGGCCCAGCCCAGCUCACUCUGGUGUUUCGUCCAGCAAGGAUGUGUGCUUCCAGUUAUCUGGCAGGGCCGUGCCCCUGGCAGGUCAAGGUUAGGUGAGAGGGCUAGGGGGCAGAAGACCUGGACCAAGUGUGCCUACGGAGGGCUCCGGAUCACUUGGAGACCCCCCAACUGGGGCCUUCUGUAUGGGGAACUGAGAUCAGGCACUAGAAAUACUUGCUCGGGGGAGCACCAGGCAGGACUCUUGGGGUGUGGGAGGUCCUGCCACCAGUGGGCAGAGGGAGCCGGGCAUGGAGGACUGACCCAGUGGGGAAGAUGCACUUGUGGGGACCAUCCAGGGGAAGGCUGCCCUGGCCUUGCUGGCCUUCUCCUUGCCCUGGACUGUGCUUGGCUGUUGACAUCUGGGGCUGACACACACAUGUGGCGGCUGGUGGGCAGGAGGCAGUCAUCUGGACAUCCAUCACCUUUGACUGGGAAGCACAAGGAGAGGCUUGGCCAACAGGGAGGCCAGCUGAGCCAAUGUGGGGGGUGGGUAAGGACAGUGCUAACCCCUCCUUGCCCCUCUGCACCCCAGGGAAGCCCUGCCCAGGGGCUUUAGGCCACCCUCUGACUGUGCUGGGCUGUUCAGCAUGUCACUGUGGGGGAUUGGUUCACAUGGGGCCACCCUGCUUCCCAUUCUUGGGUCUAGGGGGUUAAAGGCUAAGUGCCCUCUUCCUACGCCUCCAAUCUGUACAUCUCACUGGGGCAUCGCAUUUCUGUCACAGGGAUCCUGGCUUCUCCCAAAUGGACUGUGUAAUCAGCACUGUGUUAUUCCAGUUGCAGUUACUGUGUCCAUAAGAAAUGUCAGUAGCCAUU